AUGAUUUCUGGAGUCGCAGGAGCUGCCGGAACCAAGGUGCUGCGGGAGUGGAAAGAGUGUCGGUCGUAUAUUGUUACCGGACCUGAUCAAGGCCGGCAGCGAUUACAGACGCCCAGGAAUCGCGGCUGUUGGCGCGGACCUUCGGUUUCCACAGUCAAGAGGUCGCAGCAGGAAAGGAUGAGCGGAACCCUGGGAAAGGUGCUGUGCCUGAGGAGCAAUAUCAUUUUUAAGCAAGUGGUUUCCCUCUUAAGAGUCAGAACUUCAGGAGAGAAUCCCAUUUAUUCUGCAGGUGGCAUUCUACUGAGCACCAGUCGGCACUACAAGACAAAACCCACCCAUGGCAUUGGACGAUACAAGCACCUAGUUAAAGCUCAGGAGCCCAAGAAGAAGAGGGGAAAAGUAGAAGUGAGACCCAUCAAUUUGGGGACAGAUUAUGAAUAUGGGGUUUUAAACGUUCACCUCACUGCCUACGACAUGACCCUGGCAGAGAGUUACGCCCGAUACAUUCACAACCUCUGCAACCAGCUCUCCAUUAAGGUCGAAGAAAGUUACGCGAUGCCCACCAAAACCAUGGAGGUGUUGCAGCUGCAGGAUCAAGGCACCAAAAUGUUCGUGGACUCAGUCCUUACCACACACGAGCGAGUGGUUCAGAUCAGCGGUUUGAGUGCUACGUUUGCAGAGAUUUUCUUGGAAAUAAUCCAGAGUAAUCUUCCUGAAGGAGUCAGGCUGUCAGUGAGGGAGCACACCGAAGAAGACUUCAAGGGACGGUUCAAAGCCCGGCCUGAACUGGAAGAACUAUUGGCCAAACUGAACUAGCGCACACGCGUUCAUGCCAGCGCUGGUCAGAGCAAGUGCCACGGAGAAGACCUUCCCGAGUGUCAGAGCUAAGCAGGAGAACGUAAUCCUAGAUUUCCUAACUUCCGGUUCCCGUAGCCAGGAAUGCCUGCUCUCCCGUGGCUGUGCUUGCCACUUCUCGCCACACCUCCCAUGUUUCCAUUUAAUAAAAAUCUGUCAUCACGG